AUGUUAGUGUGUAAGUUGUGUGAACACCAAUAUAAAAUGUCACAGUUUUGUGACCACACGCGACUUUGUGAAUUGAUAGUUCGUGGGUGUAGUAAAGAGAUGUCGUGUAUGAAUCGGUUCAAAUUACUUGUGACGUAUCUUCGUGAUUCGUAUGGAUGUAAAAUGAUUAAAAACACGUUCAAAUACACGCAGCUGAUUGAACUUCUUCCGUCAUCUAAAGUACCAUCGUGUUAUUUAAAAGUUGGGAAAUUAAUCGAAGCGAUUAAGACGUUGUGUGUAGAUUUAGAAGAUGUGAUCUUAUUAACAUUUGCGCGUGCGAUCACUGAUGUUCUAGUUACAUAUCAGAAGUUGUUAAUCGAAUAUUGUGAAGGGAAGGGGUGUAAGAACAUGUGGAGUUUUCUUUCUAUCUUAUCGACGACUGCGAAACAAACGAAACAAGAAGUCUUACAGCGCCCGGACUCGAAUCUCACGACGGUGGAUGACUUUGAUAUAGUGAAGAAGUUUAGUGCUGGAGCGUAUAGCCGGAUAUAUUUAGUUAAAAAGAAGAGCACAGGGGAUUACUAUGCGAUGAAAGUGAUGCGAAAGGAUGAUAUGAUUCGGAAGAAUGUAGUGGACUCUGUAUUAGUUGAGAAGAAUUUCUUGUCGAACGCUCACAACAAUUCGGUAGUCAAAUUGUUUUGGGCGUUUCAAGAUGACGUCAAUCUCUAUUUGAUAAUGGAGUACUGCCCUGGAGGAGAUUUGGCGACUUUAUUAGAACAAAUUGGGUGCUUUAGUGAGCAUGUAGCGAAGGUGUAUUCAGCGGAGAUUAUUUUGUCGUUGCAUUACAUUCACGCGCUUGGUUGUGUUCAUAAGGACAUUAAACCGGAUAACAUUUUGAUUGACAAAAAUGGGCAUUUAGUGUUAACUGAUUUUGGCUUGUCUUCAUAUGGCUUUGUAUCAGAAGAGUCUGUGCAGAAGAAUGGGAUCUUCUGUACUCCAGACUAUGCUGCGCCUGAAAUCUUAAUGUCAAAUAGUUACUCCUUUGCAAGUGACUACUUUGCUCUGGGAUGUAUGAUGUUCGAAUUUGUCGUAGGAUACCCCCCUUUUAAUGCGCCAACACCAGACGCUAUAUUCAUGAAAAUACAAGAAGGGAAAUACUGCUGGCCUGAUGACGUGGAAGUGUCGGAGAUGAUGAAGGAUCUCGUCGAUAAAUUGCUGAGCUGCGAUCCUAACAAUCGCCCAAAUUUUAAUGAGAUAGAAAAACACAUCUUCUUCAAGGACAUCCACUGGAGUACCCUUUUUGAUGAGAACAGAGAAGACAUUUUCGUACCGGAACUCGAAAAUGAACACGACACCGGCUAUUUUGAAGAUGAAAGAACUUUAAAACAAAAUCAAAUCAAAAAAAAUGACGUGAUUAGCGGAAAGAAAGGAAUGGUGAAAAGAAAGGAAAGUCCUGGGUUCGUCGAGUUCGGGAAUUUUAAUGCAAAGAAUGUCGAUAACCUCGUCGACGAAAAUAAAAGAAUGUACGCGAAGGAAUUCUCGCAGUUCGAGGCUGAUAACGUGUAA